CAGUUCUCGUGGUCUUUCCAUAAUGUCAUGCUAUGCCCAAAGAAGUACAAUCAAAAUGAGAUGAAAACAGUAACACCCAAUUUAAGUAUAGUCCAAGGGUAUAAUGGCUUGCAGAACUGAGGGGCGUUGGGAGGUGCAAUAGCCCUCAGCGUACAAGGUUAUUCAGCUGGGAGAUAAAACUGGCAAAAAAGAUGGCAAGAAUGUAAUUCUGGGGGUUGGGGGUUGCUGGUUCUCACGGCCACUGUUGAUUCUCUCUGAUUACUCUCUGGAGACCCACAAUAGGAUGGGUGAUGGACUUGUAAAGGGAGGUGCUAGUCUCCAUGGAGCCUCCUCUCCCCACUCAAUGGGUGCGGAAUUCCGCCAGGAUAAGAAGGUUGCUGCAGACAUCCGAGAGUUCUAUGCAUCUCAAUUCCAGCCUGGAUGCCAAGACCAGAGAUGUGGCUUCUGAGUCUGUGGGUCUCUUCUUCAUGCUCUUGAUCGACUUGACAGCCAUUGUAGGCAACGUGGCCAUUAUGACAGUCAUUAUCAAGACGCCAGCACUGAGGAAGUUUGUGUUUGUAUUCCACCUCUGUCUGGUGGAUCUCCUGGCUGCUCUCACCCUCAUGCCCCUGGCCAUGUUGUCCAGCUCAGCCUUUUUCGAUGGCACCAUCUUUGGGGAUGCCCUCUGCCGGGUCUACUUGUUCCUGAGUGUUUGCUUCACCACCAUGUGCAUCCUCUCAAUCUCAGCCAUUAAUGUUGAACGCUACUACUAUGUGGUACACCCCAUGCGUUAUGAGGUCAAGAUGACUGUAGGCCUGGUGGUCUGUGUACUCGUUGGGGUCUGGAUCAAGGCGGUAGUCAUGUCCAUCAUCCCCAUCCUGGGAUGGCUUUCCCAAGACCGCUUUGGUGGCUCCUCAGCAUACAGUGGACACAGCUGUACUUUGGAGUGGAGUCGGAGUGCCUACUGCAAAUUUUUUGUGGUCUUCUUUGCUACGUUCUACUUCCUCCUGCCAGUCUUCAUUAUUUUGGUUGUCUAUUGCAGCAUGUUCAAAGUAGCCAGGGUAGCUGCCAUGCAUCAUGGUCCACUUCCUACCUGGAUGGAUACCCCACGGCAGAGAUCAGAGUCUCUUAGCAGUAGAUCCACUAUGGUGACUAGCUCAGGAGCCCCUCGGACUACCCCCCAGAGGAUGUUUGGAGGAGGGAAGGCUGCCAUCAUCCUCCUAGCAGUGGGAGGCCAAUUCAUCUUCUGCUGGCUGCCAUAUUUCUCCUUUCACCUCUAUUCUGCACUGAGCUCCCAUUUCCCUGGCCGGCAGACAGAGAACGUGGUCACAUGGAUUGGCUACCUUUCCUUCACAUCCAACCCUUUCUUCUACGGGUGCCUCAACCGCCAGAUCCGAGGAGAGCUCAGCAAGCACCUCACGUGUUUCUUCAAGCAGCCACUGGAGGAGGACCUCAGGCUACCAAGUAGGGAAGGCUCCAUUGAGGAGAACUUCUUGCAGUUCCUGCAAGGGACGGGCUGCAAUGCUGAGGCAAGGAACACUUUCACCCACCCUAGUCCUAACAGGGACCAGCCUACCAUUGAUUUCCGGAUCCCGGGACAAAUUGCAGAGGAGACCUCAGAGUUCCUGGACCAGCAUAUGAACAGUGACAUCACUGUCUCUGACAGCUACAUCAGGGCAGCACGUUCACCCAGGUCUGAGCCGUAGCUGUUUUUGCGCUUGACAAUCUAGUUCUACUGGUGUGUGAAAUAAUGCAGAACAUAGCAGUGGAUGGGGGUAUUUAAUAAAUACGGCCAUGCCAUUGGAACCGUAACUCUUCAGCUCACUGC